CGAUGCUGUGCGAGGCGGCGAUGGAAUCAUUGCAGGAGUAGGCGGGGGAGGAAGCAUCGUGAGAGUUUGGAGAUGGCAAGAGGGCGGAAAGCAGAGUUGCUCUCGGACGCACAAUCUCGGAAAAAAAUUAGGUCGAGUGCGAGCUCAACGACGCAGACGACCACCACCACCUUCACUGCCAACCCUUUCCUUCGCUCCUGGGCGUGGAAGCGCGAGCACAGGCCAGACAAGGAUCGCUUUAAAAAUCCAUAUCAUCACAAUGUUUCAGUAGCUGGUGAGGCCCGCGUUCUUGUGCUUCACCAGGCCCCAUUCUCUUCAAAGGGCUUUGCUUCAACAGUGUGGGAUAGUGCAAUUGUGUUAGCGAAAUACUUAGAGAAGUGCCCAGAAACAGUGCUCGGAAAGAAAUGUAUCGAGUUGGGGGCAGGCUGCGGAUUAGCAGGUAUUUCAGCAGCUGUUUUAGGAGCCAAGAAAACGGUUCUCACCGAUUUUCCAGAGAACCUCUCUUUACUGGAACGCAACAUUGUUGCGAAUAAGUUGACCGAUGUCGCAUCGACAGCUCCGCUAACGUGGGGCAACAAACUUGCCCUCGAAGAAUCCGAUUUUGAUGUGGUACUAGCUACAGAUCUAAUGUACUAUGAUGAUGCUGUUCAGCCAUUAAUAUUGACUUUACAAGCUCUUUCAGGGAAUCAUACUAGGAUAUUCAUGGCUUAUGGGAGGAACCGGCAAGCUGAGGAGACCUUCAUGAAGGCAAUGGAGAAAUCUAACCUGUUUAUGAGAAAACUUAAGAAUGUGGAACUUGACGAUGUGUACCAGUGUGUGGAUGUUGAUGUUUAUGAGCUCAACACACGAGGAAGCGAAAAUGGCAUUUCAAUAUGAAAUCGUUGCUCUAUUGCAGGAGUUCCAUGGGAACUUUCAUGGUCUGCUGUGCCACAUAUUAUGCAUUUUCCUAGACACAUAGGUCUUAUUGACGAGAGUGAGGUCGUAACGUUCUACCAUGAAAUUGUCAUGCAGUCUUAACAGUUGAGCACCGUCACCUGAAGCUUUUACCUUAAUGAGAUUAUGGACUCAGAAUUCUCGGACGUCGAUUUUUGCUAUGAUAUUAUUGAACAAGUUGAAAUAGUGAUCAAGGAUCAGUACAUGGAACUUUUGAACACCUGAAGGGUUGUAAAACAAAAAGAGGGACGGAGAGAUAUGAUGAGAAGAGAGCAGUAUACUUUUCAAUGAAUGGCACCUUAUUCCAUAACCAACUUCUUAAGUUGCCAUUCAUGAAAUCUUUCAAAGAAAAUGAAAUAAUUUUGGUUGCAA